AUGCUGUUACGAAAGCUGCUGCAGGCUGGGGGGGGGGUCCGCCACAGCCGCCCCCUGCACCACACUGCGGUCUGGAGGAGUCCCCUCAUCCCCAUCGUGGUGGAGCAGACGGGUCGGGGGGAGCGGGCCUAUGACAUCUACUCUCGGCUGCUGAGGGAGAGGAUCAUCUGUGUGAUGGGACCAAUCGACGACUCCAUCGCCAGUUUGGUGAUCGCACAACUGCUCUUCCUCCAAUCAGAGAGCAACAACAAACCCAUCCACAUGUACAUCAACAGCCCAGGGGGCGUGGUGACCUCGGGGCUGGCCAUCUACGACACCAUGCAGUACAUCCUGAACCCCAUCUCCACCUGGUGUGUGGGGCAGGCGGCCAGUAUGGGCAGUCUGCUGCUGGCCGCGGGGACCCCCGGCAUGAGGCACUCUCUGCCCAACGCUCGCAUCAUGCUGCACCAGCCAUCAGGGGGCACUAGGGGCCAGGCCACAGACAUUGCCAUCCAGGCCGAGGAGAUCCUGAAGCUAAAGCGACAGCUCAACCACAUUUACGCCAAACACACGGGACAGCUCCUGGAGACCAUCGAGGGCGUGAUGGAGAGGGACCUCUACAUGAGCCCGAUGGAGGCGCAGGACUUUGGUAUCGUGGAUAAGGUCCUGGUGCACCCCCCUCAGGGGGGGCAGGACGAGCCGGAACUGGUCCAGAAGGAGCACCCCCAGACCACCCAGUCCCCAGAACCCCCCAGCACAGACCCCAGCCCGAGCGGUGCCAGCCCCCCCUCUUCCCACAAACCCGAGCCCUGA